AUGAGUCGUUUAGCUGGAUGGUUCCGCUCGGGCACGGCAACGCCUGCCACAGAGGCAAACAGCGAUGCAGGCUCCAUCCACACCAAGGAUACCAUGGCCAGGGAGAUGGAGGACAUUGACGAUGCCAUGGCUUCGUGCGCACUGAUCAUGAAUGACGAUAUUGACGGUGCAUGGGAGAGACUUCAGACUGGUGACUCUUCAUUCCACCAGCUUGGUCUGGCUGUCACUAUCUUUAUGCGCUCGGUGCUGGGAUUCGAGAAGACGGUGAUGACAGAGACGGCCGCCAAAUUGGAUGAGUGCGAAGCAAAGGCAUGGGCAGAGUUCAAGAAAGCUCAGAAGCACGGCAAGGCUCGCGCGGGGAGUAAAUUGUACCCUCCCGGUACUGAGUUCGAGCUCGUGCGCGCGCAGACACAGCUCAUGGGCGCUGUGGUCGGUGUUUUGCACGAGAGUCUCAUUGACGCUAUGAAGAGCUUUCUCAAGCUUCGCAAGGCGUUUAUGACGCUUGAUGCGAUCAUUGAGGCUGAGACGAAGAUGCUGGGUAGUAUGCCGCAAGCUACUUCUGAGGCGUCGCUGUCUGCUAAGCCUGUCACCGACGUCACUAAGAGCAUGGAGAAGCUGGACAUUGAGUCUGGUACUCAAACACCUGCUAACGUGGAGUCCUCGAGUGAGGAUGAGAAGGUUGAUGAGGGCGCGCCGCUCAAGGAGGCUAGAUCAAAGGCUACCGAAUCUGACAAUGUUCUUCUUGAGAACCCUCUUGACAUCUUUGUUCAUUCUGGAGCUAGCAUGUGCUUCGGUAUGAUCCUUCUCAUGCUGACCCUCGUUCCCCCCGCUUUCACCCGUCUGCUCUCAGUUGUAGGCUUCCGUGGUGAUCGCGAGCGUGGUGUCCGCAUGCUCUGGCGCUCUACCGCUUACGCCAACGUCAAUGGUGCCAUCUCCGGACUCAUUCUGCUCUCCUACUACAACGCUCUUCUCGGUGCCGUCGACAUCCUCCCCUCCGCCGAAGACUUUGACGAAGGCGCUGAGGUCGUUGGUCCCCCUCGCGCCAAGUGUGAGAAGCUCCUCGCUUCCAUGCGCACUCGAUACCCCGACUCUCGUCUGUGGCUCAUCGAAGAGGCCCGUCUAUACAGCAACGAGCGCAACCUUCCUAAAGCCGUCGAGGUACUUACAACCGCCGGCGAUGCCAAGAUGAAGCAGGUCACCGCCCUCAACAACUUCGAGCUCUCCCUCAACUCCAUGGCCAUUCAAGACUGGCCUCUCAUGCGUGACUCCUUCAUGCGCUGCCUCGAGCUUAACGACUGGAGCCACGCACUCUACUACUACAUGGCCGGCAUCGCCUCCAUAGAACUAUACCGCGACGCCUUAGCCGCGGGCGACGAAGACGAGGCCCGCCGUAACAAGACCAAGGCUGAAGAACUCCUCCGCAAAGCGCCCGGCGUAGCGGGUAAGAAACGAUUCAUGGCGCGCCAAUUACCUUUUGAGGUAUUCGUGCAGCGCAAGAUCCAGAAAUGGGAGGAGCGCGCUAAGAGCUUGAGUGUGGACCUUGCUGAUGCUAUUGGUGCGAGUCCCGCGGCAGAGAUGAGUUACAUGUGGAACACCAUCAAGCGCAUGGGCCCGGCGGAGCUUGAGAAGGCGGUGGGAGGAAUGAGUUGGGACAGAUGCACCGCUAAGCCCGAGGUGGUGGAGAAGAUCAAGGCUGAGAUUGAUGAGAUGGGAUCUUGGGCUCUCAUUACUGCGUCUCUGUACAGAAGUCAGAAGAAGUUUGAGGAGGCGAGGGAGAUGCUGGAGACACACGUCUUGAAACAUGAUCGAAUCGUAUUUAAGGGUCCGACAAAGGACGAUUACGUCCUCGCAGCAGGAGUAUACGAAAAGGGCGCCAUCGCCUGGUCGGAGUGCUGCAACCCACCAGAGGGCACACCCGAGGAGAUCGCAGCAUACCGCCGACAAAAGUACGAUGAGUGCGUUAAGCAAAUGGACGUUGCCAAAGUAUGGGAGGCGUUUGUGCUGGAUACUAGAAUUGGAAUGAGAGUUCAGAGCGGUAUUGAGACUCUGAACUGGUUUGCUAAGAAGAUGAACUACAAAUAG